AUGAGAGUCAGCAUAUUGCUAUUAGCGAUUUUAAUGGUGGGAACAUUAGCCUAAGAUAAUGAGGUUGUUAUCUAAUUUCUGGGCGAAUUAAGACAAGAAGCAGUUGAGCAAUUACAACUUUUGAAUGCUAGAUUCUAACCAAUCAAGUAAGCCAAAUUAGAUUAAAUUGCAGUGAUUUAAUAAGCAAUUUCAGAACAGAAAGGAGAGUGCUACAACAGAUAGCAAGAUGUAAUAAGCAUUUGAUAAAUUUGAUUAGGUUGAAGCUAAGCAAACCGAAAUUGAUUUGGCUAAUGAGUAUAAGAAUUGGAUGAAAGCAAGAUAAGAAAGCAAUAACAAUCGUAUUGGAGUUCUGUCCACAAAUGUAUGCGAGAAGAAUAACAAUUCUUUGAAUAAAGUGAAGAAUGGAAGAGUGUUAUUGAGAUUGAUCGCUUACUUAAGAGCUACAUUGUAGGCUUAAUUGUCAACUUCAUUUGCAGAAGUCAAAGAGAACACCAUCUCUGAGAUAUCCCACAUUGUCACUGCCUAUAAGGAAUAUAGAAAGAUGAAUAUGUUAUAGACAAAACAAGAGGACUUAGAGUUGAAUGGCACAAUUGAAUAAUUGAUCGAAAUGCUAAACUAGAUGGAGAGAGAAAUCUAGGACGAUAUUGCUAAUGGAUAAAAUGGUUAAGUGCAAAUCGGAGUCACCUUCUCAGAAUUCAAGGUCAGAAUCGAAAAAGAGAAUGACAUCUUCAACAGAUAAAUUGAAGUCCAAGAUGACUUGAUUACAGUACUUUCAGUAUUUUCUAUUUCUAGCAUUUCCAAAAUCAAUUGACAACUUUAUACGGAAGAGUUGACAAAUGUGAAUCUAGAUUGAAAGAAAUAGAAUAUACCUUAUUGGUUGCCUAGGAAGACUUGAGAUACGACUAAGAAUGGAAUGAUGAAGACAGAAUAAGAUUGGAAGAAGAAAUUGAAUUAUUCGAUUGGUUAAUUAAACACUAUUAAGCUGGUAAUUUGGAUGAGGCACCCGAACCAAGUGAAGGUGGAAGUAAUGCUAGCAAUAAUGGAUCAACUGACGGAUCUGCAAAUGGGGAAUCAGUAAAAUAUGAUAUAAAUCAUUUAAGGGUUUGAAUGGAGACGGUAGAGAUGGAGUUAUUGAUUACACACCAUUGAAGGAAGUUUCAAAUGCCUGGGGAUCUGAAGAAGAAGGUGAUAAUCAUUCAAAUGAAAAUGAUCAACAUGAAGGAAAUGAUGCAGAAGAAGACAGAGGAGAUGUAAUUGAUUACACACCUUAUGAAGAAAAAGAUGUUGAUUGGGAUUCCUUAUUGUAGAAAAAAUAAAAUAAGAAUCAUCAUUAAUCAAAGAAACAUCGUACUCAUAAGUCCAAAAAAUGAUUUAUUAAUCAAAUC